ACAGUGUCAAAUUGUUAUCGAAUUAAGAUACGCAAUGUCUCUCAUGAAAUUUCAUAAGACGGUAACUACAAGUUUUAAGGCUUACUGCAGUUUGUUAACAACCCCGCACUUUCUCGUGAGGGGGAGGAUAACGGGUUAAUGCGGAGGCUUAAGCUAGGGAGCACCAAAUGAUAACUUCCGGCUUACCAUUCAGGAGUUUAACGAUUCUUUUGCCUCGAAACGCCUCUGUUUAUGGUAAUAGUAGUAUCUAGCUCCUGUGCAGUGUGUUUAGGUCUGUGUUUCGAGUUUUACGUCCGGUCCCGAAUCAUCGGGCUUUGGUUUGUGAUGGCGGGUAGGACAGAUGAACGUCCAGCAGGCAACCUCCAAUUUUUUCCAAUGGCACUACAGACGGCGCCAACAAAAGAGAAGAGACGCCAUCGCUUCGGCUUAGCAGUGCUAUUAACAUCGCCGCUACCCAUUGCGAUGUCUGCCGGUGAGUGAGAAGAAAAGGGUAGAUUGUUGGUCGAUUGUCGCGUCUACCAAUUCCUGGUUGACUUCUUUGCCGUUGGGGGCUGAGCGUAAUAUAGAAAUUCGGUGCUGUCUCGACGCUGGUACCAAUCGGAUGGGUUGAAGAAGAAAUCGGUCCGUCGAUAGCUGUACUGGAUGGAGCAGGGUUUUUUUUGCCGAGCGUGCAUGAACUAGCCACUGCAAAGUUGUUUGCUAGCUGGCUGCUAGCUUAAGCAGUUGUAUAGCUUUCGCGUGUAUCGGUCGAGCUACGAUCGUUAGUCGUGGAGUAAACGCAUAGUGCCGUUAUUGCCUACAGCAUUGUACGCUGAACUUGAAAAUCGAAACCGACAAUCGACAUUUGCGCAGUUAUUGAUAUCUCUUUUUAACAACAAACGCAACGGCUAAACGUUGUUUUAGCACAUACGCCGCGAGACCUCACUUGUUUAGCUGAUCCUCAUCCAAAGAUCGAAGAUUGUGUUAUAGUUCGUGCUGGUGAUUGUUGAAUAGCAGUCGAUUAAAACUUAAGUGUCGAACUGUUUUGAUCGUUACAUCCACAUAUAUAACAACAAAGUGAGUGGCGUUGACUUUCUUCGUUCACACAUUACCUCCACCAACCUACAGCAUCUAAUCGGCCACGAUUCGGGACUGUCUUUGUAUCAUAGUUCCUCGUUUUUCUUGGUCCUAAACACUCAUCUAGCUGAAUUUCACGAAUACCAGGAUAUCUACCUCGCUAAGGCUAUCAGCAAGGUUCCAAGUCCAUUUGACAGGUGAAUUUCGACGCAAUAGUGAAACGAAAUGGCGUUCGACACAAAUGCCAUGACAUUGACCCGUUUCGUGCUGACAGAACAACGCAAGCAUAAGAGUGCCUCAGGGAACCUCACCCAGUUAAUCACUUCACUGCAAACGGCCAUCAAAGCAGUCGCGUCCGCCGUACGACGAGCCGGUAUCGCCAACCUCUAUGGUAUAGCCGGUAACAUCAAUGUUCAGGGUGAGGAACAGAAAAAACUGGACGUUUUGGCCAACGAUCUGUUUGUUAACAUGCUCAAGAGUUCCUUCACAACUUCCUUGUUAGUUUCGGAAGAGGAUGACAAGCCUAUUGAAGUUGAAAUCGAAAAACAGGGCAAGUACGUGGUGUGUUUCGACCCUUUAGACGGCUCAUCGAACAUUGACUGCCUCGUCUCAAUCGGAUCCAUUUUCGCUAUUUACAAGAAGCAAAACAAUACGGAACAAGACGCUCUGCAACCGGGUCGUCAGCUGGUGUGCGCUGGCUACGCGCUAUACGGAUCAGCCACUAUGGUGGUUCUUGGCCUUAAAGGAAGUGGUGUCAAUGGCUUUAUGUUGGAUCCAUCCAUUGGAGAAUUCAUCCUUACGGACCCUGGCAUGAAGGUUCCACCACGUGGAAACAUUUAUUCAAUUAACGAAGGUUAUGCUAGCAAAUGGGAUGCGGCAGUGCGAGAGUACGUUGAAGAGAAAAAAAACCCAAAACAAGGUAAAGAAUAUGGAGCUCGAUACAUUGGAUCGAUGGUGGCUGAUGUGCAUCGAACGCUCAAAUACGGAGGUAUCUUCAUGUACCCAGCGAUGGCGGAUGCCCCCAAUGGCAAACUGCGCUUGCUCUAUGAAUGUAACCCAAUGGCAUUCAUUAUGGAGCUUGCAGAAGGCAAGGCUUCCAAUGGAAAAAUUCCAAUCUUGGAUGUUGUGCCGACCAGCUUGCAUUGUCGCCAGCCGAUCUUCCUUGGGUCGCCUGAGGACGUCGAUGAGCUGCUCGAAAAAUACAAGAAAUUGGAUAACAACAAUUAAAUGCUUUAUUAAAACAAACCUACCGUGGUUAUAACAAAUAUAGUCUAAAAGAAUGUGGAAGCACAAUAUAAGACGUACACAAUGAAGAAUAGAUUAAUGCAACGCUUUCUUACAUUUGUUUAUUUCACCAAUAAAACACGUAUACGCACCAAACAAAUGAUGCUUUUUUUUAAAUUUUGCCAUAUUUUCAUUAUAAUUAAGUCUAUGGUUUAAAACGAUGUGCUCAACCUUUUGACAGUGUUCAUUAUUCGUGUUAUGCAUACAUGACGUUGGAGGACACAAUUUUUUUGUUUAUUUGUGUGUCGAGCUCUAUUUGAUUAUGCACAAAAGGAUUCGAAACAACGCAAAGUACACUGGCAUAAUUCACCAGACAUUGUCCAUGAAAAAAAUCGAAUUCAAUCCAAUAACCUGCAUUAUGUAAGACUACACAAUAUAUUACAUGCGCGCUAGGUCUAACGGUAAUAUGAAAAUAUAUUUCAGAUAGCGUUUUGA